UUAUUGGUCCAGUUCAGCCGGACCAAUGCAGAGCCUCCGUGUGCAGGAUGUUGUCAGUUUUUUCCUCCCCCAUUAGCGACUAUGAGGAGCUUCUGCACCCAGUGACGUGCGAGUGCAUCCUCCUUUCAUUCAACUUUUAAUCUUGCGUCGCUUUGCAUCACCUAAGAAGAGACCUGGAGGACUUCAGUACCGGAGCUGUCCACUCUCCACUCACUCUCCACCCUUAGCGUCACGAUUUCACACACACACACACACACACACACACACACACACACACACACACACACACACACACACACACACACACACACACACACACACACACACACACACACACACACACACACACACACACACUUGAGCAGAGCACUGACAUGCCGGGCUGCAGUGCAUAGUAAAAGGAAGCGACAAAGUGCAAACGGAGUGCAUUUGAGUCUCAACACAGCCAUGGGCGUACUGAUGUCCAAGAAGCAGCAGGUGGAGAAGGUUCAGAAAUGUAGUGCGGUGGUCUCGGCAUUUCGCGAUGGUCUGAAGAACCAGCCAAGUGCCACUCAGGUUCAAAACACCUCUGACAGCAAAGAUGAGGCUCCGAAUCACCCAGAGUCUGAUGAGUCUGGACGGAAAGUGGAGGACGGGAAACCCGGGCCUUCCACAGCUCCACCCAAAGAGGAGAACAAAGCCAGUCAGGAGUCCUGGGGACGCUUACGGGAUGGGAAAGGAGUAGAGCCUGAGGAGUUAAAUAAAGUGCAUCAGCUCACACCGCCAGCAUUUAUAAGACCGAAGAGGCAGCCGAAUGAGGAUCAGCCCAUACAGAUCGAGCUUGGUCAGAGAGAUCAGCCAGUGAAUGAUGAGAUGUGUGAGGUGUGUGAAGUGUGGACGGCGGAUGAUCUGUACCCGUGUCGGACAUGUACAAGGGUGUUUCAUGAUGGUUGCCUGAAGGAGAUUGGAUACCUACGUGCUGACACUGUGCAGGAGAUGCGAGAGACGGCUCACACCACCAUGGGCUGGAGCUGCUAUUACUGCGACAAUGUGAACUUGAUUCUGACUGAAGAAGAGAUGUACAGCUUGAUGGAGACAUUCAAGCAGUGCAAGAUCAUCCCAGAAUCCUGCCUCGUCUCAGACGAGCUCCUUCAGUACAGGCAUUUUGUGUCGAAGCAGCUGUUUGAGAAGGAUCUGACAGACGAUCAGGAGGAGGAGGUGCUGGCCCAGUUCGCUGCUCUUGACCCAGAGAAGAAGGGACAGAUAGAGUGGUCAGAUUUCCUGUAUCAUGAGUCGCUGUCAGUGCUGCAGAAAUUUCGGACAGAGAACUCCCUGGUGCGUCUGCUCACGGCUAAAGAGCGUGACCGAGCGCGUGCAGUCUUCCAGAGUCUUGACCAGGAUAAAGAUGGUGUCAUAACGGCUAUAGAGACCCGGCGAGCCCAAGCCUCAUGGUUCCGUAAGCACAGCAAAGAGCCUCAGUCCUGCAACGUCAGACUCAGGGGAUUGUGUUCUCCUAUAAUGAAUAUGGGCAUCAGCCACGUAGGCCCGAUAUCAGAGAGCAGUCCUGCCAGCUCAAGCAGUGACAGGAGCAGAGACAAGGCCAUGGAAAAGUACGACAACAGGCCGGUGACAUGGGACGCAUUCUUGCGUGAGAGCGCCAUCUACAUCCUGGCUGCUCGACCCAACAGCAGCGCCAUGCACAUCCGCCUGCCCCUGUAAUCCCACCGAACCCAGAGUGGGAUCUGCGGUAGGGUACAACAGCGUGGAAAAAGUUCUGCCACUGACCAAAAGGACACGACACUCAGAGGCUGGCUAAGCCAUCGACGCACCACCUUUCAACCAGACCACUAUUACUUCUAUUGCAGCACACUGAAAAAAAAAAAGAUUUUACUCUAAGAUUUUUUUCUGAGAUGUUUCUCCGACACACGUUGUAACCCGAGCCAUUGUGGCUGGUUGGGUGAGAAGAUUGACAGCUAUUUCUGUAUGUAAACUAUAAGGAGCACUGCCAUUUACUGUGUAUAAAAUAGCAACAAUGCACCACAGUAUUAAACCAUCAGCCUUUAAAUAUCCAGUCACUUGUGAUCCAAAUACAUAUGGGAUUACCAACAGUGUUUAAAGUUUUAAAGCCAUUGAUUAUCGGUGUAAUGCGUAGCACAAGCACUAACAGGAAAGAAAGCUAUCUGCAUAUAUUAUAUAAUAUAUAAAAUAUAUCAAUGUUAAUAUUAAUAUGUAUUAUAUGUGUGUAUUUAUUCCUGAAUCCUCACAGUUUUAAAAAUGUCCGGGUUUUAGAUGCACCAUUUUUUUUUUUUUUAAACAUGCUAAUAAUAGGGGUUGAAUUUGUCACUAUUUGAAAUCCCAAUCUGCAAAAAAAUCAAAGACUAAUUCACGGCAUGUAAUUAAAAAUUAAAUAUAGCUAAUCUUUUAAUCACUGGCUUAAAUUCUCCAGAAGAUUCCCACAGGUUUGAAUCUUUUAAUGAAUUUUUUUUAUUCCCCAGUUGAUCCCUGAUGAUAAAUAUGAUGAAUUUGACCUAAAAACUUUGAAACCCUUUCCAGAAUCUUCUUUGAAGCAAAGCAAGCUCACUACAACAAUCUAUCAGCUCUUAUAAAUAGCACAAAGUGGCUUCUACGUUGUUGUUCUUUUUGAGGGUCCAGCUCAGUGUACUUGCUUCAUGGUGAUCACUUGUUGAGUCGGUUGAAGCAGUAGGUUCAAGUGAAAGUGUAACGCUCCAAAAUUUGCAGCAGUUACUGGAAAUAAAAGCAUGGCAUUAACUCCACAA